AUGGCUGCACUGAGUUGUCUUUUGGACAGUGUUAGAAGGGACAUAAAGAAGGUGGACAGAGAACUGAGGCAAUUGAGAUGCAUCGACGAGCUCAGCACACGAUGCCUGUGUGACUUGUAUAUGCACCCGUACUGCUGUUGUGACUUGCACCCUUACCCGUACUGCCUGUGCUAUUCGAAGCGCUCCCGAGCCUGCGGCCUGUGCGAUCUCUACUACCCUUGUUGCCUGUGUGACUUCAAGCUUUACUGUCUCCGACCAUCCCUCAGAAGUUUGGAGAGGAAAGCCAUUAGAGCCAUAGAAGAUGAAAAGAGAGAGCUUGCCAAACUGAGAAGAACAACGAACAGGAUUCUGGCCUCCUCUUGCUGUAGCAGUAACAUUUUAGGAUCGGUGAACGUGUGCGGCUUUGAACCCGACCAAGUGAAGGUGCGCGUGAAGGAUGGAAAGGUGUGUGUGUCGGCGGAGCGGGAGAACAGGUAUGACUGCCUGGGCUCGAAGAAGUACAGCUACAUGAAUAUCUGCAAGGAGUUCAGCCUGCCCCCGUGCGUGGACGAGAAGGACGUGACCUACUCCUACGGGCUGGGCAGCUGCGUCAAGAUCGAGUCUCCGUGCUACCCCUGCACGUCUCCCUGCAGCCCCUGCAACCCCUGCAACCCCUGCAACCCUUGCAGCCCCUGUAACCCCUGCAACCCCUGUAACCCCUGCAACCCCUGCAACCCCUGCAGCCCCUGCAGCCCCUGCGACCCUUGCAACCCCUGCUACCCCUGCGGCAGCCGGUUCUCCUGUAGGAAGAUGAUUCUGUGACGCGUAGGAAGCCAUGAUGUAGUUAGGUAGUUACUCCAGCCAGGCAGCUCUUCCAGUGUUUUCCUUCCCCUUCCUAGGCCCCUGUUACUCCAGUACAUAGGGAACUGAAUACAUAGGUGCAACGCGCUGGUGUCGUGUGCAAGUCUUUCGGUCCCACCCAGGCCGGAGCCCUGCCCAGCAAGAGGGCCUGGGAGGAAUUCAUGGGUGG